AUGCUGGAGAUUCUAGUUGCCGCGACUGCACUGCUGAUUGCAGCUUACAGCAUCAUCCUCGAACCUCUUUCCCUCAAUCCUCUCUCCAAAAUCCCAGGUCCAAAGCUCUACGCAAUCACGAAAUGGCGACUAGCUUGGGAAGACUGGCAAGCUCGGAGAACAAGAACGAUCCACGCUCUCCACCAGAAACAUGGCCCUGUAGUCAGGACUGGGCCUAAUGAAGUGCAUUUCAACUCGCUCACAGCACUGCGAACCAUCUACGGGCCAGGCAGUGGAUUUGGUCGAGCGAGUUUUUAUCGCAUGUUCGAUGUGUAUGGCAAGCAGAAUCUGUUCAGCUUUCAUUCGGCCAAGGAUCAUGGCGAGAGGAAGAAGUUGCUUGCCAAUGCGUACAGCAAAUCGAGUGUCAUCCGAGGACAUGUGGCUGAGAUGGUCUCGGAGAAGAUUCAGGACUAUAUUCAUUUGUUGGAAACCCAAGAGAAUAUCUUCACGAGCUUGCAUUACUACUCGCUCGAUUCGAUCACCCACUUCCUGUAUGGUACUCAUGGGGCAACUCAAGCACUGAAGGGCGACCCGGCAUCUCGAUCAUUAAUGACCGACAUUCUUGAUGGACCAGGACGAAUGAGAUUGACAUGGUUCGCAGUACAUCUGCCGGCCUUCACUAAAUGGCUUUACUCUCGCGUUGGUGCGGUAGAGCGCCUCGUAAGACUGUUCCUGCCCAUGCAAAAGCCAUUAACAUACACCGGGAUUCGAGCACAUGCGCUUAAGGCAAUGCAUAUGUACACAGCAGCGGCCGCGGCAGAUAAAAUCGACGACACAGCAAAGAACACAAUCAUAGGCCGUCUGUAUCAAUCGAACGCGAAGCUCAGCGAUCUCGAAAUCGCAUCUGAGUGCGCCGACCACUUUUUGGCUGGAAUCGAUACCACAAGCGACACGCUCAUGUUCUUGAUUUGGGCGCUCUCAAGACCUGGCAAUGAAGGCAUUCAGCAGAAAAUCAUAGAUGAAGCGAGAUCAGUUCCGGAAUCCGAUCUCGACCAAUACGGAGCUCCCACGGUCGAGGCUGCGGAUAAGUUACGGUAUCUCGACGCAGUGAUCAAAGAGACAUUGCGUCUUUACGCACCUCUGCCUGCUUCUGAGCCACGAUGUGCUGAUAUCGAGAUGAUUAUUGAUGGCUACACAAUCCCUGCUUGGACGACAGUGUGCAUGUCUCCCUACAGUCUGCAUCGUAAUGAAGAAGUGUUUCCAGAGCCAUUAAAGUGGAGUCCAGACCGCUGGCAUGGCGACACUGAGCACGUGUCGAUGAUGAAGAAAUGGUGGUGGGCUUUCUCAUCGGGAGGUAGGAUAUGUAUUGGAAGCAACUUAGCAUUGGCAGAAAUGGCUCUCGUGCCGGCGAUCUACAGGAGGUAUCGCACGAAGAUCAAGAGUGGCGAAGAGAAGGCGUCGCCUGGGAUUACUUCUCGCGUUGAGGUAUUGUGGGAUGAGACUUUCGCUGAAAUGAAGGUGAGCAUUCUCUUUCGUGGUUGUGUCUAG